CAUCCUUCACUUUCUUUCCCUCUCUAAACUUCCAUAAACUCAACUCUCUCUCUCUCUCUCUCUCUCUCUCUCUAUCUCUCUCUCUAUAGAUCCUGGAAACGCCGCCGUCAUGGGCCACUGCUUCUCCGUUCACGUCUCGGUCGCCGCCGACGACGAGCCCUCCUCUCACUCCGCCUCCUCGCCCACCGCCAAAGUCAUCUCCAUCAACGGCGAUCUCCGCGAGUACACCCUCCCGAUCACCGCCGCCCAGGUCCUCGACUCCGAGACGUCCUCAUCGUCGUCUUCCUCCUCCGCCUGCUUCCUCUGCAACUCCGACCGCCUCUGCUACGACGACUACAUCCCGGCCCUGAGCCCCUCUGACGGCCUCCUCCCCAGCCAGAUCUACUUCGUCCUCCCGAGGUCCAAGCUCCAGCACCGCCUCGCUGCCUCCGACAUGGCUGCCCUCGCCGUCAAGGCCAGCCUCGCCCUCCGCGACGGCGCCGAUGGCGGAAGCUCCCGCCGCCGCCGGCGGAGGCGGAGGAGCAGCAAGAAUCAGAUAUCACCUGUGUUGCUGGUCAACAGCAACAACGGCAGCAGUAGUUUUUAUCAGGGGUCCUCGGCCGAGGUUGGUGGUGUUUCCGGAUACGAUACGACAAAGACGGUGAAGACCUUCAAUAGUAAGCCGCCGACCGGAGUUAGUCGAUCGGGAUCGGUGAGGAAGAUGCAGAGACUGUCGUCGAGGAGGAUGAAGCUUGCGGUCCGGUCAUUCCGAAUGAGGCUGAGCACCAUUUACGAAGGAUCCAUUUUGUCGUAGAUAUUGAAAUGAACCAAAAAAGAAAAAAAGACAACUAUUUCAAAUUAGGUUAACGAAAAAACAAGGUUGUCUUUUUUUUUUUUUGGCCAUUUUACAGUUUUGUAAGCGGAAUGGAAAGAUCUCCCGCUGUACAAAGAGAAGAGAAACGGGAUAUUCCCAUUUUGCGUACUACUAGCCUUUGGCAAAGGUCAGAAUCCGCGAAGCUCGUGAUGCUCGAGAAGAAAGUCGCUACGACUUCCAUGCCUCCGAUCAAUUUGGUGCGGUUUUCUUCAAUGGCUUGGCUUGGCCAGAUGAUCAGUUACGAGUCAUACCACAAGCGCAUCCAUGAUGGUGUCAAUGUGAAUAACACAAGAUUUGGUCGAACUUUGUACAUGAACCUUCUGGUGAUUUGUAUGUGUGUUAUAUUUAUACUUAAUACAUGUGUGCGCGCAUUAUAUGUUACGUUACAUGUUAUGUUUUGCUGG